AGGCGACAGAUAAAAGUCUAAAAAUCAUUUCGAAGUAAUUUCGUUCGGCCUGGCAUUUCAUGUUGUGGCCCAAUAAACGUCGUCCAUCUGUCUCUUAGUGCAAGAUGAUGGUCGAGGAUCUCGGAAUCGAAGCGAAGGAAGCAGCCGUACGCGAGGUUGCCAAGCUUCUGCCGCUUCCGGAGCUUCUGCAUUCAAUUAGUUCGAUCAAGGCCGAUUACAUUACUCGUCAGCAGGAUGUUGAGGGUAUGAUGUCCAUAUCUGUUGAGGCAGCUGAGGCCCGUGAUUCAUUGAGUGAUGAUAAAGAGCUUAUAAAUACUUAUGAGAGGCUAACCGCACUUGAUGGAAAACGGAGGUUUGCUUUAGCAGCUGCAGCAUCUCACAAAGAAGAGGUUGGAAGAUUAAGAGAAUAUUUUGAAGAUGUGGAUCGAACAUGGGAAACAUUUGAGAAGACGUUAUGGGAACAUAUAUCCAACUUUUAUAAACUUUCUAAAGAGAGUCCACAAACAUUGGUUCGUGCUAUAAGAGUCGUCGAAAUGCAAGAAAUUCUCGAUCAACAACUUGCUGAGGAAGCAGCUGAGGCUGAGGGAGGUGGUGCAAUGGCAACUGUAGCAAACCCUCGCAGAACCACAAAAAAAUCCACCACAGCAACAGCUUCUUCAAGAAACCUAACACAGCAAAAACUGAAGGCUCAGGGGAAAGCAUACAAAGACAAAUGCUAUGAACAAAUAAGGAAGACUGUUGAGGGAAGGUUUAGUAAACUUUUGAAUGAGCUAGUUUUUGAAGACCUGAAGGCAGCUUUAGCGGAAGCUCGAACGAUUGGAGAAGAGCUUGGUGAUGUCUAUGACUAUGUGGCUCCUUGUUUCCCACCAAGAUAUGAGAUAUUCCAACUCAUGGUCAAUCUGUACACUGAAAGGUUCAUUCAGAUGCUCAGAUUACUCAGUGACAGGGCAAAUGAUUUAACCAACAUAGAAACUUUAAAGGUGACUGGUUGGGUUGUAGAGUUUCAAGAAAAUCUGAUUGGACUAGGUGUUGAUGAGUCCCUGGCUCAAGUUUGUUCUGAGAGCGGUUCUAUGGAUCCUCUGAUGAAUUCGUACGUUGAAAGAAUGCAAGCUACAAUGAGGAAAUGGUACUUGAAUAUCUUGGAGGCUGAUAAGGUUCAACCGCCCAAAAAAACUGAAGAUGGAAAGCUGUAUACACCUGCUGCUGUUGAUUUGUUUAGGAUUCUUGGUGAGCAAGUGCAAAUUGUUCGUGAUAAUAGCACGGAUGUCAUGCUUUACAGGAUUUCAUUGGCAAUUAUUCAGGUAAUGAUUGAUUUUCAAGCAGCUGAGAGGCAGAGACUUGAAGAACCUGCUUCCGAAAUUGGUCUAGAACCUUUGUGUGCAAUGAUCAACAACAACUUGCGUUGCUAUGAUCUUGCUAUGGAGCUAAGUAAUAGCACGAUAGAAGCGCUCCCUCAGAAUUAUGCUGAACAGAUAAAUUUUGAAGACACUUGCAAAGGCUUCCUAGAAGUUGCCAAGGAAGCUGUGCAUCUAACCGUCAGUGUCAUUUUUGAGGAUCCUGGGGUGCAGGAGUUACUUGUCAAGCUUUAUCAGAAGGAAUGGUGCGAAGGGCUCGUUACUGAAUACCUAGUCGCAACAUUUGGAGACUAUUUCACAGAUGUGAAGAUGUACAUUGAAGAAAGAUCGUUUAGGAGAUUUGUCGAGGCUUGCCUAGAGGAAACUGCCAUCGUCUAUGUAGAUCAUUUGCUGACACAGAAAAACUACAUAAAGGAAGAAACUAUUGAGCGGAUGAGGCUGGAUGAAGAGGUCCUCAUGGACUUUUUCAGGGAGUAUAUAAGCAUCUCUAAAGUAGAAAGCAGAGUAAGGAUACUGAGUGAUCUAAGGGAACUUGCUUCGGCUGAGAGUUUGGACUUUUUCACCCUCAUUUAUACAAAUAUCCUUGAGCACCAACCAGAUUGCCCGCCCGAGGUGGUGGAGAAGCUUGUUGGACUUCGGGAAGGCAUACCCAAGAAGGAUGCUAAGGAGGUUGUACAAGAGUGCAGAGAGAUAUACGAGAAUUCGCUUGUUGGAGGUAAACCCCCAAAAUCAGGUUUUGUUUUCCCAAGGGUCAAGAGCUUAACACAGUCCAAAGCAACUAUUUGGAGGAAGCUCACUUAGUUCUUUUAAUUUUCACAAAUGCCCUCGCAGGAUUGGUCGUCUAUUUUAAAAAUAUCUUAUUUUAAUUUCUUAGCAUGGUACAAAAACUAAUUUGGAUGUCUA